AUGCCUUUGACCACAAAGCGGCGCUUGUCCUACGCUGAGCUGGUAGGUCCACAUCAAGUCAUGUGGUUUGUGUCGCAUUUCUGGGGCACCUCAUUCCGUCACUUCGUGCAAUCGGUGCGGAAACAUGCGGAGAGCGUGGCAAUUGCCGUGGUCAUCGGCAGCCUAUUGGAUUUGCAGCUUCAGUACUUUGGCGAAAUCCCGGGACCACUUGAAAGUGAAUUGGCCUUGGCGGGACCAAUUCAGAAUGAGUUGGUCCUGGCGGGACCGUUCCAGAGUGAAGUGGUCCUACCAGGCAACAAUCAAUGGGAGGUGGAAGCAGAAGUGGGGCAUAGCUGGGAGGAUUCCUCCUUCUUCAAGACCUUGGACCCUUGGCGAUCGGAGAUUUUGGACGAUGAAGCCAUGCCUUUGACCCGAGCCUGGUGUUUGUUCGAGGUUCUCCAGACCAAGGAGAUCAAGAACAAAAGACCUGACUUUGAAGGCCUCUGGCUGUGCACCUCCACCGGCGUCUUGCACGAGGGCAAGGCUGGGGUGGAUGUGGCUCUGCACCUGGCGAAGCGCUUGAGCACUUUGCGGCUGGAAGAUGCUACGGCAUCGGUGCAGAAAGAUAAAGAUAUGCCUCCAGGCUGCAGGUCUGAAAUGGUGAUUUGA